GGCCCAAAGGAGGUACUUCCGGGGACAUGGCGGCGCACAGGUCGCGGAAUCCGCGUGCUUCUGCUAAGGGAACCCCGAUGGGAAUGUGAGCCGUAACCCUUAGGAGAGAGAAUCCGGCUGCAUACCGGGAGGACGGAAGAGAGACUAAAAGACGUAGAUAAAUGUAGGGGCUGGAGACUGUCCUCUAGGACCCGCAGCCAGAGGAAUGGGAACUAGAUUGGCGGAGAGCUGAGAGAUUCCGGAGGGGGUAGGGGAGCACCGUGGAGUGGGUUUUUCGGGACUACUGGAGGAACUUACAAGAUCUGUAUUCGGAAGAGGAAAGACAUUAGCAGCUGGGGAGACCAAGAAAGGCCUCUUUCAGAAGAGAGCUGAUAGUAACCAUCUCUGAACUGGUGAGACAUUGAGGACAGAGACUAACCCUUUUUUCAAAAUGAGCGCCACCUCGGGGACCAAGAGUCGAGGGAUGAAGUUUGCUGAGGAACAGCUGCAGAGGCAUGGAUGGAGUCAAGGCAAGGGCCUGGGCAAGAAAGAAGAUGGCAUUGCCCAGGCCAUCAAGGUGAAGUUGAAGCAGGACAAUGCUGGGGUGGGACAUGACCCUUCCAAGGAGUUCACUAAUCACUGGUGGAGCCAACUCUUCAACAAGACAGCUGCCAGCUUGGUGGUGGAGACUGGGAAGGAUGGAGUAAAGAUGAAGACCCAGGCCAAGGAUACCAGCAAGCAAAAACGCUCUUCGGGCUCCAAGUCCAGCCUGUUAUAUGGACACUUCAUUAAGAGUGCCACUCUGACUUCAGGAGGGGAACAAGCGGAGAAACUGAGCGAACAAAGCAGCGAAGAUGAAACACCUCCACCAGCAAAGAUCCUGACAGAUGAAGAGUUGAUUCGAGCCUGCGAGGGACGCACUGCACACAAGGGUGCCCGUCAUGGGCUUACCAUGAAAGCCAAGCUGGCACGACUGGAAGAGCAGGAGCGAGCCUUCCUGGCCCAGUACAAAGGCCAGAAUACAGGUGUCCCUGAUACCCCAGCCGAGGACAUACCCCAGAAGAAGAAAAAGAAGAAAAAGAAAAGUCAGGAAGAAACUUCAACCACAGACAGAAGUGAGCAUAUAGAGAUUGUGGAACAGACUGAAGACAAUAGUAGGAAGAAGAAGAAGAAGAAAAAAAGACAACGGGAAGAGGAACCAGAAAAUGAGACUGGAGAUCAAGUAGAGAGGGAAGAAGAUGAAGAAAGCAAGGCCCGAAAAACCAAAAAGAAGAAAAAAAAGAGAUUACUAGAGGCAUAGUGAGGCCUGCCAGUAACCACCUGCAUUCCUUUGAUGGAGACUAGGACUGCAGAGGUCCAGGCCUCUUUGGGACCUUGGCUCAUUGCAAGGGGUAGGGGACAGAGGAAACAAUUGAGGAUUCUUCAGGUGCCUCCACCCUGCACAGAGGGAUCAAUAAAAACCUCCAUGUCCCACA